AUAUUACCAAGGAAUAAUUUUAUAACUUUUUUAGGUUUAAUAUUUUGUAUUAAUAUGUGUUUCUUCAAUUCUUUUUGUUCAUCUUUUUUUUGAAUUUUUUGUUUUUAAUUAUGUUUUAAAUUUUUUAAAUUAAAAUUCAUUGUACCAUUUUGUUCAUAAAUUUGAAAGGGGCCAAAAGAAAAACAUAAAAUUACAUAUAUUACUAUACAUUUAUCUAUAUAUGUAAGAAAAAAUAUAAGAAUGCAUGAAAACAAUUUACCUACCACGAGCCUGGGAAUUAUUAAAAAAUUCCCACAAAUAGGCAGAACAAAUAUGUUUCUUUUUCAUGUUAAAGUGUUAAUAUUUGCCUUCUUUUUCUGGAAUUCUUCAAAUUCCAAUAAAAGUUCAUUUAAUAAGUCAUGUGAUGAAAAACGUUGUGAGCAGAACGUUUUCAGUGUUAAAAAGUCUAGAGUUUUAACCGAGUAUGAUAGUUACGAUAGCGGAAGUCAGUCAAAUCUAUAUUCCUUAGAGGAUAUGGAAGAUGACGAAAGAGAAGAACGCUUACGAGAAUUGAUAUCUUAUUAUAAUAAGUUUCUAAACUAUUAUCCAGAACUUAACACCAAAGACAAAAUUAUCAAAUUAAAAAAUCCUGAAUCAACACGAAGACGAAAUUAUGUAGCUAAUGGAAAAGAAAAUGUGCAACAAGUUAAUUCAGUACCCGAAAGAUCAUAUGAAUAUGACGAAGUAGACAACCUCGAGGACACGGAAGAAUUCGAAGAAUUUGAAAUUGUGAUUGAAACUCAUCAUUUUGAAGAACCAGAUUAUCUUGAUGAGUAUCUGGAUUUGGACAUAGACAUUGAGGAUAAAGAUCUAACGACACUUGAUGGAAUCUAUGAAGAAAUGAGUACGUUUAAACGGAAAUAUUUGGAAAUUAGGAAUAAAAUUAUUGCAUAUAUUAACAACUUUAAUUGGAAUAGUGAAUUAAUUUAUGAUUACAUGCUUGUAUUUCUACCACUGAGUAUAUUACUAACCAUUUUCUGUUUACAUUAUGCAUCACCCAAUGUUUUUAUUACCACGGGUGUUGCGGCAUUGACUUUGUUUGUAUUAUAA